UAUUUAUGUUUGAUAAAGUCCGGACGUCGUUCACGAUCCCCGUUCAGUUUUGUUGUUGUUUUCAAUAUUUGUCGAGCGAACAAUGUCCAGUUUGUCGUCGACUGAAAACAAAACGGUCAAACAGCUCGUGGUGUCCGUUGUCGCGUGCCUCAUCUAGUGUCGGUGCCAGAUAUGUCCGGUGCCAGUACGGAAUCAGUAUUAUCCGAAAUUUAUUAUUAUCAGUUCUGAAAUGUCAAGUACGUGAAAAAUACGUUGUAUUGUUGAAGCCAUGGAUCACAGGGUCAAAGCAAUGAGCAGACAGCGUCAUAGGCUGCCGUGGUGGACGCCGAGGGACUGUCGUUUUGAAAAUCCUGAGCUUGAGGCGCUCUAUCAACAAUAUGUGUCCAAACUCCAUCAGUCGUGCGUUACCAAUGUAAUCGCACUCAUGGCCAUCCUCACCCUCGUCCUCGCCAUCAUCAGUGCAAUAUAUAAUCAAACUCUGACCAUUAACAAUGUUUACUAUUUUUUCCACACUUUUGUAUUUAUUUUAUUAAUGAUCUUUCUAAACACCAAGUACAUGCACGAAUCUUAUUUGUAUUGGAUCUGCUGCAUUCUAUUAUGGUUUUUCAUAAUGUUUUGUCUAGUCUCAUUUCCUAUUGGAAAUCCUUUUUAUAAGAUCUUACCGUUUAUUAAAUUUGAAUCUCAUCAAGUAAUCGCCGAAGGUGUUUGGCAAAUUUCCUUUGUAACGUUCCUCACAUAUACAAUGAUUCCGUUAAAGACGACUAUUGUUUUCUCAUUUGGAUUGGCGUUGCCCAUCAUACAUCUUACCAUAUCAGUAAUAUUUGCUCACACUUUUCAAAGAUACACAAUACAACAGACAAUUUCAAACAUCAUAGUUUUGGCUUGUAUAAAUAUAAUAGGUCUAGUAUUACAUAUACUUAUGGAACAAGCCCAACGACGUGUAUUUCUAGAUACAAGGAACUGUAUAGCUGCGAGACUAGAUAUGGAAGAUGAAAAUGAAAAAUUGGAGAGACUUUUACUGUCAGUACUUCCUCAACAUGUAGCUUUAGAGAUGAAGAAUGAUAUAAUGUGUCCUGUCGAGGGGCAAUUCCAUAAAAUUUACAUUCAACGCCAUGACAAUGUUAGCAUACUUUUUGCAGAUAUAGUCGGAUUUACAGUGCUCGCUUCACAAUGCUGUGCCCAACAGUUGGUUCGGCUUCUCAACGAACUGUUUGGUAGAUUUGAUCAGUUGGCUAGUCAUAAUCAUUGUCUUCGUAUACGAAUUCUUGGAGACUGUUAUUAUUGUGUGUCUGGUUUGCCAGAAUCGCGAUCAGACCAUGCAAAGUGCGCUGUUAACAUGGGACUUGAUAUGAUUGAUGCUAUAUCUCGAGUUGUAGAAGCUACCGAUGUAGUUUUAAACAUGAGAGUUGGAAUUCAUUCUGGACGAGUAUUAUGUGGAGUACUCGGUCUUAAAAAAUGGCAGUAUGAUGUUUGGUCGAAUGACGUAACAUUAGCAAAUAAUAUGGAAGCUGGCGGAGAGCCAGGGCGUGUUCAUAUUACACAAACUACUUUAGAUUGUCUUGGAGGAGAAUAUGAAGUUGAACCUGGCCAUGGCAGUACCCGUAAUAAGUAUUUAAGGGAUAAUAACGUGACAACAUAUUUCAUAGUUCCUCCUGCUCGUAGAAGAAAGCCACUUUUGAUGAACCCGCAAUGCAAUUUCUCUGCUAGAGAAGGGAAGAAAAUAACAUUUAAAAAUGUCUCAAAUGUUGUUAUUCAACUACUUCAUUCGAUCAAAUAUUCCGUUGAAGCACCUUUUAGCAACAUGACAACUCCCAUGUCAUCUGAAACAAAUAUAGUGGCGUCAGCAAAACACAAGGUGACUGACAAACUCAAAAGGCCAUUUAAGAAACGUCAUUCUAGUGUAUAUCAUCAACCGACAAACCGAAUCAAUAAAUACUUAAAUCAAGCUAUUGAAGCCCGUAGUAUUGAUAGAGAAAAAGAAGCUCAAGUUAGUUUAGUAACGCUAUGUUUUAAGGAUAGUCACAAGGAAACUACGUUUCAAUUAGAUGGAUCUGACAUUGGAUUUACUAGUUCGUUGGUAAUUAAUUUAUUGAUUGUCAUCAUUAUUGCUUGUCUGCACGCGACUAUACUGCCGAGAACAGUAAUAUUGUUACUUCUAUUCCUAACCGCUUUUGUUUGGAAUGCCGUUGUUUUGAUGGUUGUCUUAGCUGUUCGAUUAAGAUGGAUUAUAUGGGAUAUAUCACAAUGCUUUUUAUUGCGACUAGCCAUUAAUGUCUUCACAGUGUUACUCGUGUAUAUAGUUGCACAAGUUAACGUGUUUACAUGCCGUCUGGAUACUUCUUGCAAUGGUGCAGUAAAUGUCUCGUCAACAGAAGCCAUGUUACUUAAUACGUCUGAUCACCGUGCCUGUCCAUUACCGCAAUAUGUGGUUUUAUCAUGCUGCUUAGGAUUUUUGUCAGUGGCCGUGUUUUUACGCCUGCCAAUACUGAUCAAAUGCUUCCUCGUUUCUGUAAUGGCACUCAUGUACAUUAUUUUCAUUCAGUUUACCCAUCGACAUUUAUUUUUGUGUUACGACAUCACGAUCAAGAAUGCAGUCCCAUUGCAUAUAACAAGCAUAGUAUUUGUCAUAAUGUUUAUGUUGGCUAUUAUCAUUCACGGUAGACAAGUAGAGUGGACUACACGUUUAGACUUUUUAUGGAAAGUCCAGGCUAAAGAAGAAAAGAAAGAAAUGGAAGUAUUACAAAACAGUAAUAGACGAAUAUUGUUCAACUUGUUGCCUGGACACGUUGCUGCACACUUUUUAGAGAACCAGUUUAAAAACAAUAUUCAUGGAAUACACGACCUCUACCACCAUAGUUACAAUAAAGUUGGCGUUAUGUUUGCAUCAAUUACAAAUUAUCAUGAGUUCUAUAUCGAACUAGACGGUAACAAUCAAGGAGUGGAAUGCUUAAGAUUAUUAAACGAAAUUAUUGCUGAUUUUGACGAGCUUUUGGAGGACAGUAACUUCUUACCGAUUGAUAAGAUCAAAACUGUUGGGUCAACAUACAUGGCAGCUGUCGGAUUGAUGCCGGAACACAGUAUUUCAGACAAUGACCCUAUGUCGGCUAUCCAUUACAUGACUGUUUUAAUAGAAUUUGUAUUUGCGAUGAGGGAAAAACUUGUAUAUAUUAACGAUAAUUCCUAUAACAACUUCAUGCUUAGAGUUGGUAUUAACAUUGGACCAGUUGUUGCCGGAGUAAUUGGUGCACGUAAGCCUCAGUAUGAUAUUUGGGGAAACACAGUAAAUGUAGCCAGUCGUAUGGAUUCGACGGGUCUUCCAAAUUAUACUCAAGUUACUGAAGAGGUAUACCAAUUGCUGAAAAACGAACCGUAUGUUUUUCAAUGUCGGGGAAAUGUCAAAGUCAAAGGAAAAGGCGAUAUGACUACUUAUUUUUUGACAGAUCGAAAAAAAGUUUCUGGCUUAAACUCCAUUCAGUCUUCUAGUAGUAGAAAAGAAACGACUGAAAACGUGUAUGGUGGCGUACCAACUCCGUUAUCUUGCUUAGGUGUUCCACCUAGGCCUUACAGAAUGCUCAGACCAACAGUGAAUCGACUGCGUUCAUUAACAAAUGACAUCGAAACUUCACCCACAGAAUGUCAUUUAUUGCUUCCUUCGGGUAGCAACAAUAGCAGUAUCACUAAAAAAAGCAACAACUCGUACAGUUAUCAUCAUGUAACACCAGUAAUGGCAGCUCCUAAACUACCUCCACAUAAAGGAUUAACUAAAGUUUUUCCUCCAUCAUCUGCACAAUACUCUACGUGGAAACCACCACCACCUAAUGGCAGUGAUAAUCAUUGGCAGCAAAACAUAAAGCCCUACAUGAAACCAUUACCAAAGCCACCACCAAGUAAUAAUAUCAACAGCCAUGGUACUAAUCCUUUAUUUGCCUCUAAGAAAAAAAUUAAAGGAUAUAAUCAAGCAGCUCCACAUGGAACAUCACACGGUGGUGUACCAUGGUCUUCAUUAAGCUCUCUAAACCGAUCUCUGACUUCUAGUUCGUCUUCUGAUGAAAGCUAUAGUCGUACAACCACUGACGCGUCUCCGUCACCUUCACCACCACCCACAUCAGUUCCUACACCGAGCAAAUGGCUUUUUUCUUCAGAUAUUAAUUUAGAUUUAUCAGAACCAGAACAAGAUUGCAACAACAGCUUACACGGAAUAGAAAAUAUCGAAUCUGGCAGCUUAAGCAAUACCAAUAAAAAAACAUGUAGAAGCCAAUCAUUCCAUGACAGCAGUAGUCGUAAACACAGCAGAAAAGCGCCAUUGUCUAAAAAGGAUGAAACCACUAAUACGGAUCAUCCUAUUAUGGAUUCAAAUUCCGUUUGUAUUAAACAGAUAAGGAAAAAUCACAACCGUCAAGAUGGCAAUUUGAAUUCCAUUUCUGUUGACAAUGAAACCCCUCAGUCUGAUUUCACCAAUAAAAUACAACAAAUAUUAGCAGACCAGCCAUGUCAACCCAUUAAUAAUAACAAUAAUUCUAACGCCAGUGAUUUAGAUACGACAAUUACAGAAGAGCAACAAGGAAAUGAUAAUCAAGUCAACAAUGACGUUUCUAAUGAAAAUGAACAAAUUGAUAGUGAUCUCAAUGAAGAGGCUAUGAAAUCUAAAAUGUUUGAAAAGAAAGAAAGGGAAAUGAUGGAAGAAGUCAAACGACAGGAAGCGGAAGUAAGGCGGAUAUUAGAAGAAAGUGCUUGUCAACUAGGAAUUUCAGAGUCUGAAUGGAGUGAUGAAGAGGAAGUGUCUGAACCGCUUUUAGAUAAGGAUAGUACGGGGUAUACGACGGACGAUCCAGCUUUGGAAAAUAUUUCUAUUAUGAACGACACUGGUCUGACGGAUGCAGAAGGUGCUUUAAGCGAUGUAAAUUCGAUGUUUGAAGGCGUAGUUGAUUGCAAUAGACAUCAUCGUAGCGGAUACAGAGGCGAUGAUGAAGACGAUCAUACUAGUUUAUCUUCUAGAGCUUCUAGCAGGAAUUUCGAUUCUGAAGGCUGUUUUUUCCAAGACAACGAUGGCAUUGCUUAUUAUUCACAGUACCCGCACAACGCUCAUAAUUGCAAAAAGUAUAACGGAUUACCCUUUAACGCAAUCGGACAUCACGGGCAGAGCGGUGGUUCAGAUAUUUUCACAGAACCAGAGCUGUUGAACAUCAUGUCUGUGUCGGAAAUGUCAGAUGGUUAUUCCGACAACUACGAAAAACCGCCAACUCGUGCUCACGAUACAGAUAGCGAUGUGUAGAUGACAUUUAUUGUGAAAUUGUUUAAUAAUGUUUAUUUAUUUAAUGUUUUUAUUUUAUAUAAUAUUUUUAAUAAAUGUAAUAGAUUUAUACUUAAAAAAAUAAAGUAAAUAAUACAUCACAAUAGAAAUGUAAAAAAUUAUUUUAUUGUACAACAAUAAUAAAUUAACAGAAAAAUAGUAACUCUUAAAGAUCGGUGACAAAAAAAAAAAAAAAGACAAUAACAUAAGCAAAUUUACCGUUACUAACCUGAACUUUUCAUAUCAUGUAUAAAGUAUAUAGUCUGUACAUAGAAUUAAAACGCUAUUAUAUUAUUUACAAUGAAUAUAAUAUAAAGCUAGGUAGAGCCUAUUAGUGUUAACAGCAGCAAUUUAUUAAAAUAGAUGCAUUAAACAACGUAUAUAUAAUUGAAAAAAAAAAAAUUGUAAUAUUUUUUAUGAGCAAAAAUAUAAUACUUAUGCUGAUGAGUAAAAAUAAUUGAACAGCUGUUAUUUUCUGAACGGAUUCCAUAUUUUCUUCCUCAGUAUCGAACUCCUCGGGCUUAACUUAUCGUGUGGCGUACUUAGUUUAUUAUUCAUCAUGUUUUUCGAAUCUACUAUAUGUUG